UUUUUUAUCCCGUUUGCGCUUGCUUCCUUGCUUGUCUUGCUUGGAUAUCGUUGUACUGUCCAUGUUAUAAAUUUAAUUUUGAAAAUGUUUCAAUAAAUAACUCACGAUUUCAAGAAUUCAGACGUGCACAGUUUAGAGUUUUGUUAAAAAGAAAAUAUACAUUUACCAUCAUGCCGCGAAUUAUGAUAAAAGGCGGCGUUUGGCGCAACACGGAGGAUGAAAUCCUCAAAGCGGCGGUGAUGAAAUAUGGCAAAAAUCAGUGGUCUCGUAUCGCAUCUUUGCUUCAUCGGAAGUCAGCCAAGCAAUGUAAGGCUCGAUGGUAUGAGUGGUUGGAUCCCAGCAUCAAGAAGACAGAAUGGUCUCGGGAAGAGGACGAGAAGUUGCUGCACCUGGCCAAGCUGAUGCCAACACAAUGGAGGACCAUUGCUCCUAUUAUUGGACGCACGGCUGCUCAAUGUUUGGAACGAUAUGAAUAUUUACUGGAUCAGGCACAGAAGAAAGAGGAGGGAGAGGAUAUGGGAGAUGAUCCUCGGAAACUGAAGCCUGGCGAAAUUGAUCCCAACCCCGAGACCAAGCCCGCCAGACCUGACCCCAAGGAUAUGGAUGAAGAUGAAUUGGAGAUGCUAUCAGAAGCCCGCGCCCGUCUCGCCAACACUCAAGGCAAGAAAGCUAAGCGGAAGGCCCGAGAAAAGCAGCUGGAGGAGGCUCGUCGUCUGGCCGCUCUGCAGAAACGGCGAGAGUUAAGUGCUGCGGGCAUUGCUGUGCCAAUCAGGCGCAAGAAGAAGCGGGGCGUUGAUUACAACUCUGAGAUUCCGUUUGAAAAGCGUCCCGCCGCGGGCUUCUACGACACUUCCACCGAAGUCGUAGAUCCCAUGGCCCCGGAUUUCUCGAGGCUCCGUCAACAGCAUCUGGAUGGGGAACUACAUUCAGAGAAGGAAGAGCGCGACCGUCGCAAGGACAAAUCCAAGUUGAAGCAGCGCAAAGAGAACGACGUACCCCAGGCCAUGUUGAUGGGAGAUCAGCCCGCUCGCAAGAGGAGCAAGCUAGUGUUGCCCGAGCCACAAGUCUCUGAUCAGGAGCUGCAGCAGGUGGUGAAGCUGGGCCGCGCGUCGGAGGCGGCGCGCGCGGCGGCGGGCGCGGCGGGCGCGGCGUCGGACGCGCUGCUGGCCGACUACGCGCUCACGCCCGCGCCCGCCACCGCGCUCCGCACUCCUGCGCAACACCAAGACAGAAUCCUGAUGGAGGCCCAAAACGUAAUGGCACUGACACACGUAGAUACGCCCUUGAAGGGUGGGCUCAACACUCCACUGCACCAAUCAGAUUUCUCCGGGGCCCUGCCGCAGUCACAGGCACUAGCUACGCCCAACACUGUACUAGCUACACCCUUCAGGUCAUCGCGUAGUGAAGUAUCAACGCCGGGUAGUUUCAACACGCCAAGUCAGAAUGCCAGCCAAACUGCACUUGCGACGCCAGGUCUUCGUGACAAGUUGAGUAUCAACCCUGAAGAUAGACUGUCUGGUGGCGACACACCACAAGUUGCCAACCAGCUACAAAAACAGCUAAAAGCGACCGUGCGCAACGCCCUCCAAUCGUUACCCGCGCCCCGCAACGACUACGAGAUCGUGGUCCCCGACAGCCAGGCUGACGACGCGGACUCUGUCGCCUCUCACGCUGCUCUCGUGGAGGACCAGGCCGACGCUGACGCCAGGCUGCUCAGGGAACAGGAGGAGAAACGCGCAGCGGCCCUGGCGCUGCGGUCGCGCGCGGUGCAGCGCGGGCUGGCGCGGCCGCUGGAGGUGAACGCGGCCGUGCUGCGCGGCGCGGGCGCGCUGGCGCCGCUGCAGCAGGCCGAGGAGCUGCUCAAGGCCGAGAUGGUCACCAUGCUGCACUACGACGCCUUGAAGGACCCGCCGCCAGGUGUCGACAAAAAGCGGGCGGUACAACUACAGGCAUCACAUUUAGCGUACCUAGAACAGCAUCCGUACGAAGAAUUCACAGCGGAAGAACUGGACGCGGCUAAGGCGGAGCUCACCAAGGAAAUCGAAAUCGUGAAAGCGGGCAUGGGCCAUGGAGACCUCAGUAUAGACGCGUACACGCAAGUGUGGGAAGAAUGUCUGGCGCAAGUAUUGUUCCUGCCUGGGCAAAACAGAUAUACGCGAGCGAACCUGGCCAGCAAAAAGGAUAGGUUAGAAUCAGCUGAGAAGCGGUUAGAACAGAAUCGCAACCACAUGGCCAAAGAGGCGAAGAAGUGUUCCAAAAUGGAGAAGAAACUAAGAGUAUUGACAGGUGGUUACCAAAGCAGAGCGGCUUCCCUCAUCAAGCAGUUCCAAGAGUUGCAGGAUCAGAUCGAGCAGGCCAACCUAGAGCUGUCCACAUUCAAGUUUCUCGCAGAACAGGAGAAAGCCGCAAUUCCGCGCAGGAUAGAGUCUUUGACGGAAGACGUGAACCGUCAAACAGACCGCGAGAAGCAGUUGCAGAAGAGAUACGGAGAACUGCAAGCAGAGUUGGAAGAGCUACAGAAGGGGAAACCGGUCAAAGAGUCACAGGCGAAGAUGAUUGAAGAUUAGUUAUGAAUAUUAUAAGGAAAGAGGAAGAAAGAUGUAGAGGCGACUGGUGAAAGUACAAACUCAGAGCCUGAUAUUGUUAAAGAGAAAUGAAUUAUUCAAACCAAAAUAAUGUUGAACAUAAGAGCACGUUUGACAGCAUCGAUAUAGACUUUUAAAGGUAAAAUUUAUAAUCAAUAUAAUUUUAUAUAAUAGUCUUUGUCGAUGAUUAUUAAGGUGGACAACCUUAUACUUUUACGACGGUUUUUUGCAGUAAGAAAUCCACCAUUGGUAGCCGUAAAGGUUUAUAAUAACUAUGUGUAGUAUAUAACGAUAUUUAAUGAGUCGCAAAACCUGACAAUUGUGCACAACAAUGUUCUUUUUGCCUGUUAGAAAAAAAACUGUUGUAAAGAUUACAGAAUUAUUAAUAGUAUCAUAAUACCCGACUGCAAAGAAGCAGGUUUCGAAGAAAAGUUAAAAUGACAUGAAAAAUUGAAAAUCCAUAAUAAAACGCAAUUUUAUUA